AUGAAUAAGAGGACUCUAUCCAAUGACGAAAACGAAAACGAGAAAAGCAAAACUGGCGUGAAGAGAUACCUGAUGAGUAAUGAAGAUCCAUAUGAAAGCCAGAAAAUAUUUCACGAUCAAAACUGCGCGCCCCAAAUGAAUGCCAAUUCCUUAAUAGACAUGAAAGAGGAAGAGGAUUACUCUCAUACCGACAUGAACAGCAGCAUGAAUGGAAAUGAUAAAGAUGCAGACAUGAGUUGUGCCAUGGGUCUGGGCACCGCUCUGAUUGAUACGAAUAUGAACAAUGACCGGGAUAACACCAAUUACGGGGCGGUUAGCACGAUUAAUGAGUUUGGCUACGGAGGUGUCGUAUCGGGAGGUUGUAUCGGAAACAACUGCAUGCCCAGUGAUGGAGGAAUGAACAAUCAGGCGUCGAGCAUAUACUUCCGCAGCGACAGUAAGAAAAGAAAGGGUAGUAAGUACAACGGAAUGCCAUUCCUGAAGAAGGAGAAAAACUGCGUCAACACAUUCCUUAUAUUGAAAGAUGUACCGAGAGAUGCGGAAGAGGAGGACAUCAAAUCCUUUAUGAGACCAUUUAUUAAAAAUAGUAACCCAGAAAUUAUCUUCGAUCGUGAUGGAAUUAUUGUGAAGCUCUACGAUGAUGAAUUGAACAAGAAUAUUUUCAACUAUUUUAAUGAGCACCCCACACAAAUCAAGGGUUCUUUCGUAAGUGUCCAGCUGUCCAAGCUUAAUGACGACAGUGCCGGUGUUGCCGUUAAUGAGGAGAACAUGGACGAGUACGAAGUUGGGAGCAUCGCUGCGAGUACCGGUCCGAUGGGCGGUCCCAUUGGUGGUCUCAUUAGCGGAAAUGGAAAUAACAUGGGCAACCUUGGUAACAUGCCAAGCACGAAAGAUGCCCUAGAAGGCGGAAAUAUAAAAAAGGGAAAGCACAACAAAAACGAGUCCUCAAGAGUUAUCCUUGUGUCUGUCCUCAACCUGCACUAUCCAGUUGACAUAGAUUUAAUAUACUAUCUCUUUAGCAAAUGUGGACCUGUAGAAAAAAUCAUCGCCUUCUCUAGAAACCCCCUAAUUUAUCAAGCCUUAGUUCAGUUUCAAAACAUAGAAACUGCACAGGAAGCCAUCAAAACCCUGCACAACAGGAACAUAUAUGAUGGAUGUAACACAAUACAAAUUCAAUAUUCCUUUUUAAAGGAGCUAAAUGUGAAGGCAAACAAUUCCAGCUCGAGGGAUUACACGACGACUGACGUGAGCAAAAAUAAUAACCCCGUGAAUAUACAGACCUCACAUGGUGUUCUACCUACUCCGACACAGAAGGGAAACGACUCCGAGCUGUACCUCAUUCUGGAAAGGAAAUUCAAGCUAGUCGACUUUGACGCGAAGAACGCCUCCAAAACGCCGGUUCUGAUUUGUUACAACAUCGCGAAGGACUACACGGAUGUGCAUAAGCUCUUCAACCUGUUCAGCGUAUACGGCUUCGUGUCUCGAAUAAAAAUUCUGCGAGAGAAACCAGACUGCGCGCUCAUCCAGUACGCGGGCCAUUUGUUCGCCUCAGUGGCUCAGGAGUGCUUGCAGCACUCGAAAAUUGACGGCCAGGUUUUGGAGAUUAACUUUUCAAAAAUUUUGGAUAUCCGAAUUGCGCCACAGCAGAAGAAAAUCGAGUCGUACAAGGCCAAAUCAUUUAGCAGCUACGAUCAGCGAUAUUUGGUAACAGACCAAGCGAAAUACAUAAGGGGUGCAUGCAAGCCAACAAGAACCCUCUUCAUAUCGAACGUAAGUGAAGAAGUAACGGAGGAAUGCAUGAUGAACCUUUUUACGAAAUACGGAGAGAUUAAAAAAAUAAAAAUACAACCAGCCAGGGAGGGAAAGAAACACAUGACCAUCACUGUGGAGCUGAGUUCAGAGGAUGCGGCAACCAUGGCUUUAAUGGACCUCCACAAUUUCUACCUGAAGGAUCGAUUCAUAAAAGUGUCGUACACCAAAGCUCGAUUAUGA